CGCGGAUUGACGUCGGGGUGGUGGUAGCGUCGCGACGACGCACAUGGCCGGCCGUUCCGUUGGGCAAGUCAGUGUUAAAAUAAGCGUCUCGACGCUAGGAAGCCGCAGCCCGCAGCCGCCGCGAAAGUCGUACCUGUGCAGACGCGAGUGUCCCAGCCAUGGACUCCCCCCCUCGCAAGCCGCGGCCCAUCCUGCCCUAAGCGGCCGCCGCCGAGUCCGAUGGUAGAGCAAGAUGUUGGACAUCUUCCGCGGACUCAAGUCCCUCAUCAGAGUCAGCCACAUCCACACCGACUCGCCGAUCUUCCGCCUCCACUACUCCAUCACGGUGCUGGUCCUGGUCGCCUUCAGCCUGAUCGUCACCACCAGGCAGUACGUGGGCAACCCCAUCGACUGCAUCCACACGAAGGACAUCCCCGAGGACGUGCUCAACACCUUCUGCUGGAUACACUCCACGUACACGAUCAAGCCGGAGAAGCGGUGGAAGGCGGAUGCCAAAUUGGGGUACCCGUACCCGGGGGUGCAGACCACGGUGGACGAGAAGGACAAGAGGCUGAUCAAGUAUUACCAGUGGGUGUGCUUCUGUCUGUUCUUUCAAGCUAUCCUGUUUUACACGCCCCGAUGGCUGUGGAAGUCCUGGGAAGGCGGCAAAAUCCACGCUUUGAUGAUGGACCUGGACGUGGGCAUUUGUUCCGAAAUCGAAAAGAAACAGAAGAAGAAGCUCAUGAUAGACUACUUGUGGGAAAACCUCAGGUACCACAACUGGUGGGCCUACAAGUACUAUUUCUGUGAACUUUUGUCCCUAAUAAACGUUAUAGGGCAAAUGUUCCUGAUGAACCGUUUCUUCGAUGGUGCCUUCCUCAUGUUCGGCUUCGACGUGAUAGCAUUUAUUAACAGUGACCAAGAAGACCGGAUCGACCCCAUGAUCGAGAUCUUUCCUCGGAUGACCAAGUGCACGUUCUACAAGUACGGUGUUUCCGGAGACUUGGAGAAGCACGACGCCAUGUGUAUUCUCCCCUUGAACGUGGUCAACGAGAAAAUCUACAUCUUCUUGUGGUUCUGGUUCAUUAUUCUGUCCGUUUUGACAUUUUUUACGUUGAUAUACCGGAUUGUGAUUAUUUUCUCGCCCAGGAUGCGCGUCUACUUGCUGCGAAUGAGGUACCGACUGGUCCGGAAAGACGCCAUAGACCUCAUCGUCCGACGCAGCAAAAUGGGCGACUGGUUCCUCUUCUACAUGCUAGGAGAGAACGUAGACUCGGUUAUUUUUCGCGACGUCCUCCAAGAGCUGGCCAACAAGUUGGCCAGACACAACUUUCACCACAUCCCCGGUUUUAAGGGGGAAAUUCAAGAAGCAUAGAUGUUGGCCGUGCCUUAGCUGCCUCACUGCCGCCAUACAGAAGAUGUACGAGUGUUCUAGUCACUUCUAGUCUAUAGUUGUAAGUCGAAUAGUCUUUUCAAGACAGAGUCAGUAUUGUCGCGGAGGAAGUCUUUCCUGCCUAUGUCAAAGAAAACAUUCCGAAGUUUCGAAGAGGAAAUGAAGACAGUUUUGAAUGACCGGUGGCUGCCGGCUUUUUUGAACUAUUCGUGCAUCUCUGUAUUUUGGAAAAUAGUCAAUCUCGUUACGAAAUGUUUAUUUUUUAUUAGUUCUGUGGACGAUAUACAAUCUAUUGUGUAAUUGUU